CGGAGUCGGUCUCCUUGGGAAAAGGGAGAGAGUAGUGGCGCAAAUGGCGAGCUCUUGGAUGAGGGUAAUGGAGUGGAGACGGAGGGAAGUGAUGGUAGUUUUCUUGGAAGUGAUGUAGAUUCUAUGGUAGAGAUGGAAGCAGUAGACGAGGGAAAUUCAAAACAGGAACGGCAGGUAAAAACGAAUGGAAAGAAGAAAGACGACAAACGAGGUCAUGAUGAUGUUCACAAAGUCAGAUAAAGCGAGUGGCAAGGCAAAUCGACUUGAAGCAGGUGGGGGUUCCACCUGCUGGAUGAACGCGGUCAGCAUUGGGGAGUACCAUGGCCUACGGGUGGGCUCUGCCCUGCUCAGCAUUGUGGCAGGGUGCAUCAUUAUUGGCGUCUCUAAAGAUUGUGAUGCUGAUGCUGUAGGAGGCAUCUUCCUGGGUGCAGGUGGCCUGGGGCUCCUUAUUUCAGUUUACCCUUUCAUAAGAGCUUGGUUUAACUUUCACCACAUCCUCCCCACUGUGGGCAACUUCAGAGUACACCCAAUGCCUUCAAAUCCAGUCCUUGAACAAGCAGUGGAAACCAUCAGACGAGAAGGUACACAAAGCCAGUUAAAUCUGGAACGCUCCAAGAGCAGGAUAGGAACCUGUAUAGAUUCUGGGACAGUUCCUGAUGCAUUACCUGAAGAUGGGCCAUCUUCAGAUGUCCCGGAUAUCUUGGCUAGAAGGAAGAUUAAACCAACCCUCUCAGACCCAGAUAUCCCCUAAGUCCAGUGACACAGUGUUUUUCUUUUCAUUUGGUGUACACCACAU